UUGCAUCACAAGGUCCUCCUCCUUCUCCUCAGCAUCAUCAUCAUCCUCCUCCUCCUCCUGCUCCUUUUUCCUCCGAGUGGCACAUCGCAGCCAUGGUGGACUCUCCCAGCGCCGUGAAGAAAACCUUCACGGUGCCAGAGAUCAAGCCGCUGGACAAAUACGACUCUAACCGGGCCCGGAUCUGCGCCAGCGUCCGGUGGCUGUUGUCCAAGUCCUGCGGCUCUGCAGAAAAUGUCCCAGUGGAGCUCCGAGAGCCGCUUUACAAGGAUCAGUAUGAACAAGAGCAUCUGAAGCCGUCCGUCACCAAGCUGCUCCUCUCGCCAGAGAUCUACUGCAGAACUCAGGCCCUGCUGGCUCAGGGACAUGGGGGCUCCGCACAGGCGUCACAGGGGCCCCUAACUGAUAACUUAGCUCUGUUGCAGUUCCUCAUUAAGAAAGGAUUCUGCCCAAAGGUCCAGGAUGCAGACGUCACAGAGGAGGACCUCAGCAGGAACCCUAUCAACACGAAGGCUCACCUGGCCCUCAUUGACUCGCUGAUGUCACUGUCUGCCAGAGAGACGACUGGCCAGGUCAAAAUGGCGGCAGAGGCGGAGCAGAUUGGCGUCGGGGCGCCGUGGGAGAACGCUCUGUUGUUUUGGGUUAACAAGUUAAACCAGAGGUUAAGAGAAAGCACAGAAGAAGAAGAGCUUCCUAAGUCACAAACAUGCACAGAUCUGCAGCCUGUUCAAGAAACGUGUCAGUCAAACCGCUGGUACUGGAAACUAGUCCCCCAUGCUAUCGCUUUUUGUUUGAAGGAGUCGGGGAACAAACCUCCUGUGAUCCGCUAUAGAAAGGACAAAGUUCAGUCCAAGCUGACUCCUACUUUUCCUUUGGUUUCUGCGAUCAAAGAUCUGUCUAAUGGCUGCGCCAUAGCUGCUGUUCUGCACUACUACUGCCCAGGCCUCCUACCUCUAGAGGAUGUUUGUCUGAAGGACACCAUGUCUGUGGCAGACAGCGUCUACAACCUCCAGCUGAUCAAGGAGUUUUGCGAGAGUAACUUGCAGAGCUGCUGCCCCCUUGCUGUGGAGGACCUGCUUUACGCACCACCAGCUCUGCAUCUGAAUAUAAUGAGCUUCCUAGCAGAACUGCUGGAGUGGUUUGAGGUUAAGAAGCCUGAUUUUGUGAAGCCCAUCCAACCCAUCGAUCUCACAGAUGUCACAGGGUUACUCGACUGUACGAGUCCUGUCGGUGGAAACAGUAACAGCAGUUCUCCAUCGUUCAUCUUCAAACAACCCUUUGUGCCAAUCUCCUCUCCAGUGUCUCCAGAAAACAAGAGCUGGACAAAGAAAAAAAUCAGUCGUCCUCUGUCAGCAGUGACUUUCAGCAUCCCAUUCGGCCUGGACAGUGAUGUUGACAUUGUCAUGGGAAACCCAAUAGAUUCUGUCUUUCGCUCUAUCAGCACCGACAACCUCACCGGCACCCCGGCUCUGAGCUCACCGGCAGCCUCAACAGGGAUGACUCGUGUCCCGUUCAGCCCUCCAGAGGACCUCAGCCACCUGGUCAGUGCUUCGGCCCCUUCGCAGCACUCCUCCUGGGUCCCAUAUGCACAUACAGCACCGCUCAGAGAGCUGCCCACCAUCGAGGAGGCUCGGCAGGUGGUUCUUAUACCCGGCGGUAAAGAUAGGAUGAAGGGAAGAACGUCAGAGAAAAGUGGACGAGAGGUUUUUUCCUGCAGGCCGGAGCCCAGGCUGUGUCCUGAUGGAGCUCCUGCAGGUUUCUUUUUGCACUCCCCUGAAGAGGACAGUCCUCAGCUCAGCAGCUCUGCUCCCUGUCGCGCUGGAGUCCAGUAUCGACCAGUCAGGGGGGAUGCUGGAAUUGGUGAAAGGCAAGGUAGGAAGGACAGAUCAAAAAAGCAAUCUGAUAUGUCGCGUGAUGACGACUCUGUUCUACGAGAUGGCAGCAUUGACUCUUCAGAAGCAUCAGAUGAAGCUCCCAGAAAUGUCCCUGGGAAUAUCCGGCCCUCUAACGGUAAAGGGAAUCAUAACAACGACAGUCCACGCAUGACCAGCUUUGCUGAACGCAGAGACAACAGACGAAGACACCCCGCCACCCCUGGAGAGGAAUCAACCUCAGCUCCAACCCCAACCACCCCAGGCACACCACACACCCCUUCCACGCCAGCGUCUGGUCAGCAAGGGAGUCCAGGUCCCCGAGGGUCCGAGCCAGGCUCUGAAGCCUGGGAGCUUGGAGCACGACUGGAAGAAAAACGCAAGAAUAUCGAAGCUCAAAAGAGACGAAUCGAAGCCAUUUUUGCGAGGCACAGGCAACGGCUUGGGAAAAAUGCUUUCCUUCAGCUGAAAAGAGAGCAAGGUGAGGGAGGAGUGGAGGGAGCAGAGGAGGAUGGGUUGACCCUUGAGGAGCGUCUGACUCGCAUGGAGGAACAACUGAAACAGGAGGAGGAGAAAGAGACAGAGAAAGAGAAGCCGUCUGUUUCCAACCCUCCUCGUUUGGAGAAACAGGUCACCUUCUCUGUGGAGAGCAAGAAAGGAGCAGAGAAAGGAGCAGAGAAAGGAGCAGAGACGGUAGAUGGAAAGGGCCCGGAGAAAGGAGGAGAGGCUGUCAUCGUGGAAUACAAUGAAGUGGUGCAGAAGCUGAGUGAAGCCUUGCAGUCUCUCCAAAAGGACAUGCAGAAACUAACAGAACAGCAGCAGCAGCUCAUGAGCAGCCAAAGACCCCCAAACGUACCUAAGACCUUCCCAAGAAGCAAUAGUAGAACCCCCCCUCACACCCCGACAAAGACACCCCCGAGAACUCCUUCCAGGAGCGGUACUAAGGCUUGGGUCAUACCUGCUGCUUCUAAUUCCACUGAGACUACUUCCCCAUCCCGCCGCUCCCACAUCCUUCCCUCAGCCACCUCCCCAAAGGUGAUCAUCUCCAGCUCCUGUCCAGCUCCUCGAAGUAAAAUCCACUCCUCAUCCUCUCCCCGCAGUCCCAAAAACAGCAGCCGUCCCCACCACCAACCUCACCCACGGCCCUCAGAGCUCAAAUUCCCUCCGCUCAACCGUGUCUUGACACCGACCCAGAAUGUGGACACCAUCCCACACCUGCGACGCGUCUCACCCAGUAAGUGUCAGGUCCAGACCUCCUCCUCCUUCCACAUCGGUGGACCUCGAACCCCACAGGAGUCCCCUCGGACUACACAGCAGAUGCCUCCUGAUGAGAGCACCUCUGACACGGGUUCGAGUGAGACACCCACCCAGUUCAGCCUGGAGCUGGAGCAAGAGGAUGCAGAGUCAGUAGGAGCACUGCCCGUCCUGCCUCAGAUCAGACAGGAAAGGCCUAGGGCUGCUGGAGGCAGCAGCUCCGGUGCUCCCUCUGAGUGCUCCUUUGAGAUUGACACCCUGUCCCUCUCAGCUGCAUAUAGCGCAGGAGGAGAUGGGGAAAGAGGCGACGGUGCUCAGCAGCCCUGCAGCCUGACUGAGGCGUUGCAGUCUUUUGCUGGAGGGCCAGAGGGGGGCAGUGAUGAACCAAUCGAUGAGGGUCAGGAGUUUUCCUCUGAUUCCAUGAGCGACCACACAGAAUCUGCUUCAGAAGCAGGGAGAAGCCCACUUCCUCAGCACCAAGGUCCCGUCAAUAUAAUUGGUCAAGCUACCGCUGACAGAGAUGGGCCUGAAGCACAGACCCAACUAGCAGAGCAGCAAAGCAGUUUCACUGAGACAGCAGAGCCAAGCGGAGAGAAGACUGAACCCGGAGCAAGAGGAGGAAUCGGAUUCUUCUUUAAGGAGGAUGCACACAGUGAAGGGGAAAUAGCUCAGCGCAGAGCUCUGCUUUUAGAGAGACAGCAGAAAAGAACGGAGGAGCUGAAAAAGAGAAGACAAUGGCAUGAGCAAGAAAGAGAAAACAGACCGGCAUCAUCUGAAAGAGGGGCUGCAUUCCCAUCCAAUACGCCUCCAGCAGUCACCACCUCACCUUCCCCCACACCUCCUGCAACUCCCGCUCGGCGAGACGAUUUCACACGAGGGGAGUACGAGCGAAGACAUCAGCUUAGAAUCAUGGAGGACCUGGACAAAGUCCUGAAGCAGAAAACAACUAAUCAUCAAGCCCGAAGUUCUGUUAAGAAAACCCGCUCCAGGCCUCGCAGCAUGACCCGGGAAGAAACCAAGCUGUCUCUGAGUCCAGCCAAGGGAGCAACUGGCUCCAAGAUGAAAAAGGUCUACUCUCAAUCCUCACUAAACCUUGCAGCCACAGAGGAGUCUGGAAAUAAUGGCGAGUCCACAAAGAAACCCCAGAGCCGUUUUGAUUCCCCUUCACGAUGCGUGACACCAAGCAGACCCAUAAAUCAGAAUGGAGACAAAGACUGGGAGUCUGGUUCCAAUGGGACCUCGCCUGCCCCAGAAUACACAGGUCCAAAACUCUUCAAAGAACCAAGCUUCAAGUCCAAUAAAUUCAUUAUUCACAAUGCUUUGUCGCGCUGCUGCCUGGCUGGGAAGGUGAACGAGACGCAAAAAAACAAGAUCGUUGAGGAGAUGGAAAAGAGCUCUGCCAAUCACUUCCUCAUUCUCUUCCGCGACUCCAACUGUCAGUUUAGAGGCGUUUACACCAUGAACCCUGACACGCAGGAGCUGGUGCGGCUGGCGGGCGUGGGCCCUCGGUCGGUUAGCUCCAGCCAGGUGGAGUCCAUCUUCAAAUACAGCUCAGACAGGAAGCAAUUCAGCACCAUCCCAUCAAAAACCAUGGGGAUGAGUGUGGACGCCUUCACCAUCCCCAGCCAGCUUUGGCAGGGAGGCGGUGGAGGAGGAGCGGGAGGAGGCAGUAACCGGAGAGCAACUGUCACCAAGAAGGUGGCUAUCUCCAAGUGAGGAGGAGUGUAAAUUAGAAUGUUAUUAAAUUGGAAAAAAAAAAAUAUUCGGACACAAAUCUAUUUAUGUGCACACAGAUUCUGUGUAAUCUCUCCCAUUUUUCAGAAUUACAAACCUAUUUCUAUUUCUAUUCCCUUUAACAUCUAUUAAAAUGUUCACUGUGUAACAGAGACACACUGUAAAAGAGAAAACGGAGCAUUUCUUUCAAAAAAGACAAUUUCCUGUUCUUUUUAGUUUGAAGUUCAAACCUCUCUGUGGAGGAAAAUCAAACCCUUUUAAUUUGCACAUUGAGAAAAGCAUGUUGAUAGGCUGAAUAGUGCCUAUCAACAUAGGAAAAUGCCUUCAAGUCACAUCAGAUGGCUGACUUUGAUUUUUUUUUUUCUUCAUGUUAACUCUCCCAGUACCUGUUACUAUGUGGAUAAAAGCACAUUUGAUAGCCAUAAGUAUGUGAUGCAGAGAUGAACUGUGUUCAACUUUUAGAGGACUUUGUUUGGAUGUUAUUUAAUCCCAGCAGUUUUCAGACAUUAUCACUGCAGCAUGAAAGGUUCUUUACUCCACGUUGUGAAAUAUCACAAUGUAAACUUGUGAUUUAACGAAACUGAUGAUGUGAGAGCAUUAGAUGCUGCUUUAAACCUGUUUUUGUACAAUAAACUGUUAGCAUAAUGCCGAAUGACAUGCAAGAGGAAUCUGGACUGUCAUACUCUCAGGUGGAGAUAAGUGCUGAUAGUCUAUAAAUAAAUACAAACUUGAAUUACUUAAUUAUUCUUUCUUUUUAAGAUUAUAGUAUGCUCCUUCUUAACACCACAGGAUUAAUUUAGAAUCAAGUUCAGGGUGAUCUUUGGGUUUAGACAACCUUGCUAACUCCAGAUAUCUGUAACAGAGGAAAGAAUAAUGGGCCUAAUCCUGAGGUUCUGUAUAUUGCUGUUUAAGAUUUGGAAUGUGUUCUGACCUUCUUACUGCAGAUUGGACGAUUAAAACAGCUGAAGUUUGUUUGA